CGGCAGAUGGAUCCCGUGGCCAGCAGCUGCAUGAGGAGCCCCCACCCCCCAACCCCCGUCUGGGGCUGCCUUCGAAAUCCCCACUCCGAAGGCAGUGGGGCCUCAGGGUUACCCCACUACCCGCCAACCCCGUUCUCCUUCCACCAGAAACCAGACUUCUCGGCGACAGCGACAGCAGCUUACCCUGACUUCUCUGCCUCCUGCCUGGCGGCCACCCCACACAGCCUACCCCAGGAGGAGCGCAUCUUCACUGAGCAGCACCCCGCCUUCCCACAACCCCCCGACUGGCACUUCCCUGUCUCGGAGGCCCGGCGCAGGCUUAACCCGGGCCCAGCUGGGAGCUCCAGGGAGAUGGGGGCCAGCAGCCCAGGCCUGGUGGACAACACGGGAGGCCCAGGCGAGGACUAUGAGGUCCUUGGGAGAACUGCUAAUGAGACGGAGAAGAAGUCAAGCAGACGGAAAAAGGAGAGUUCAGACAACCAGGAGAACCGAGGGAAACCAGAGGGCGGCAGCAAGGCCCGCAAGGAGAGGACGGCCUUUACCAAGGAGCAGCUGCGGGAGCUUGAGGCUGAGUUUGCUCACCAUAACUACCUGACCCGGCUCCGGAGAUAUGAAAUCGCUGUGAACCUGGACUUCUCGGUCCGUCAGGUCAAAGUGUGGUUCCAGAACCGAAGAAUGAAGUGGAAGCGUGUGAAGGGAGGUCAGCCCAUCUCCCCUCAUGAGCAAGACCCUGAGGAUGGGGACUCUGCAGCCUCUCCAAGUUCAGAGUGAGAUUCUCCAUGGAGAAAAAAAGACUGAAGACUGAGCCCCUUACCCAGCUACCCCCACCCCAAUCCCACCUUCACCUUCUCCCACUCACCCCAGGCAGCCUCUCCACAUCUUGUAGUGACUUUUGGAUAUGAAGCUGCCCGGUGUUCCUGGGAGCCUUGAAAUUUUCCAGAAAGUUCUGUCCAGCAUUGCUCUGUCUUAGCGGCCCCUUCCCCAGGGCUUUGCUUCCCACAAUUCUCAUGAAAUCAUAUAGCAGCCAGACUGGACCCCAGUGAAGCCAGGAGCAGCUCCAGGGACACUGUUCCUCAGGGUCUCUUGGCUACUGCCCACACCUCCUCCAACCACCCUCCUGGACACCACCCGGCCUGCUGGGAGAGGAGCACUGGGACCAGCUGGUGACUCAUGAAAGCUAAUGCUUCACAAGAAAGGAAAUAACUGAGAC